UACGAACUGGGGCGGACCAUCGGCCGCGGCGCGUCCUCGACGGUCGCCGAGGCGACGCGGCGGCGCGACGGCGUGCGGGUCGCCGUCAAGGUCGUGGCGCCCGCGCGCGCGGCGGGGCUCGCGGACGCGCGCGAGGAGGUGAGGAUGCACCGCCUCGCGUCGGGCCUGCCCGGCGUCGUGGAGCUCCUCGACGUCUUCUUCGAGGACGGGAUUUUAUAUUUAGUCCAGGAGCUCUGCGCCGGCGGCGAGCUCUUCGAGACCAUCGCGCGCGGCGACACGUACGACGAGCGCGACGCGGCCGCGGUCACGCGGCGCGUGCCUGUGCGCGUUUUGGGCGCGCUCGCGGCGCUCCACGACGUGGGCGUCGUCCACCGCGACGUCAAGCUCGAGAAUAUCUUGCUGCGGUCGCCGGGCUCGAGGACGGACGUCGUCCUGGCGGACCUCGGCAUCGCGCGGCGCGUCGCGCCCGGCGGCGGCGACCGGCCGACGAGCCUCGGCGGCUCCGUGCACUACCUGUCGCCCGAGGUCGUGCGCCGGGAGCCCUACGGCACGCCCGUCGACGUCUGGGGCCUCGGCGUCGCGCUCUACGCGCUGCUCACGGGGCGGCUGCCCUUCGUGGGCGCGUCGACGGCCGCGCUCUUCGACGACAUCGAGCGCGGCGACGUCGACUUCGAGACGCCCGAGAUGCGCCGCGUGUCGCCCGGCGGCCGCGCGGCCGUGGCGCGCAUGCUCGCGCGCGACCCGGGCGACCGGCCGAGCGCGCGCAUGCUCCUCGACGGCGAGCCGUGGCUC